UAUAUAUAAUGUUUACAUGACAAGAAACUAGCACAGCCUGUGGUUUUUCUCUCUUAAGACUACUAUAGGCAAUUGAUCUAUUAGCAAGCAACAUUGAAUUCCAAUUUCACCAGCAUGGCAACUACGGUUAAAGAUAUUUUGCUCUUCGUACCGAAUUUAAUUGGAUACGUCCGUGUAGUGCUUGCCAUUGCUUCAGCCUAUUACAUGCCGUUUGAUUACGUCACUGCUUCGUUGUGUUACGCCGUAAGCGUCGGCUUGGACGAUUUGGACGGCUAUGCUGCCAGGGCUUUAAACCAGUGCUCAAAGUUUGGGGCAAUGUUGGACCAAUUGACGGACAGGGCAGGCACUGCUACACUGGUGAUGACACUCAGCUAUUUUUAUCCCAAAUACAUGUUCUUGUUCCAAAUGAGCUUAGUAAUUGAUAUUGUCUGUCACUGGAUGCACCUCCAUGUCUCUGUUAUGAAUGGAGCACACCAUAAGUCAAUGGGAUUGGAUAGCAACCCAAUCAUGAAGCUCUAUUAUACAUCAAGGCCUUUCUUGUUCUUCAUGUGUGCUGGUAAUGAAACGUUCUACAUCAUGCUCUAUCUUCUUCAUUUCACAGAAGGACCUAUUGUUUUGGGCAUGAGUCUGUUUCGUGUUUGUCUCUUCGUUUCCUCUCCAAUCAUGGCAGGAAAGACGUUGAUCAGUAUCAUACACCUCACGGACGCUUCUAUUCGCUUGUGUGCAAUUGAUGCGGAUCAUAGAAAUAAGUCAAACUAAGUCCAGGAAUAGUAUUUUCGGCUACCGACUAAAGUUAGUUGGUCGCGAUUACUAUUGGUUGCCGCGGUUUUGAGCUUACGAGUUAACACGUGGGUAACGUUGUAUGUGAUUGUUUCAGUAUACUAGUUUAGUCGGUAGCCGUUGCUACCCAAGUGCUACAAUUUCUUGCCCAAUUUGCUGAUUUUUACCAGUUGAAUUAUAAUAUUUUAAAUAAAGUUAAAUUAAAAAUCACAGAAUUC